AUGUCAGAGGUCUCCAACGAUGAUGUGAUUGCUAUGUUUAGAGAAUUGAAACAACAAAAUGAAGAAAUAAAAUCACAGAAUAAUCAACUUGUACAUCAGUUUGGUGAACUGAAAGUGGAGUUUCAAAAUUAUAAGAAGGAAGUUGAAGCAAGUAUCCAGGGAUUGCAAACAGAUUAUGAAAUAUUGAAGCAAGAAAACGACGUACUCAAAAUCAAACUGAACACGACAGAAAGGAAAUUGAAGAAAUUCAAUUUGGUGAUAUAUGGCCUGAAGUGUGGAGAUGAUGAUAUCUCGAAUGAUCUCAUUGAGUUAUUUCGAGAAAAAAUAGGAAUUGAAUGCCAAGAACGAGACUUCAGAGAUACUUAUAAAAUUAGCAGUACCCAAGAGAAUAAUAAGGAACCUCCAAUUUUAGUUGAAUUUGUAAGUAACAAGCUGAAAACUGAUAUUUUAACCAAUGCGAAAAAACUGAAGGGGACUGGAGUUUAUAUAUCGGUAGAUUAUACGUCGGAAGAUUAUAAGAAGAAAAAGUUUUUGAUAUCACAACAAAAGUUAUCACGAGAACGGGGAGAUACAGCAAACAUAAAAGGAAAUACUUUAGUGAUUAAUGGAACAACAUGGACCUAUGAAGCUUUGCUCGAGAAGAGUCAUAAUAAUGAUGCAGAUAAAGAAGCAACGUCUAUGAAUAGCUGUAGGAAGAGGGGACCAGAAGAUUCACCUGAAGCUAUAGUAAACCGCACCAAACGAACAGUCCCAAAAAUGCCUACUAGAGCAUCAUCAAGAAUUUGUCAAUAAUAAUCAUUUUUAUAUCACCUUACCACUCUGUACUAUUUUAUUUUGUCGAGAUUUUUGUCUUAUAUUAGAUAUCUGAUGUUUUGUUUUUUAGAGUAAGCACCCUUCCUAAUAGAUAAAUUGAUACCACAAUAAU